GACCGGGUGUUCCGAAGGUGUCGCCCAUGAAGGGUGUCAUGAGGUUCGGUAGAAAGGGUAAGCCGAGUCCCCGGUACAUUGGGCCGUAUCAGAUUGUUCGAAAGAUAGGCGAAGUCGCCUAUGAGCUAGACUUACCAUCCGACUUGGAGGCCGUACACCCGGUGUUUCAUGUGUCUAUGUUGCGGAAAUGUAUUGGUGAUCCUUCCAGGGUAUUCCCAGUUGAUGAUAUUCAGGUGACGGAGCAGUUAUCUUAUGACGAGCAGCCUGUAUCUAUUCUGGAUCGACGGGUGCGGAGACUACGCACUAAAGAAGUACCCUCCGUCAAAGUCCUGUGGCGCAACAAUAAUCGGGAGGAGAUGACUUGGGAGGCGGAGGACAAGAUGAAACAGAAAUACCCCCAUUUGUUCCCAACGUCCACAGAUUCUGGACGAAACGGGAUUUGAUUUUAAGGAGAGCAUAAGACGUAUUUAAGGUAUGUAAAGCUUCCUACUCCUUCGUUAGGCAUGUCUUAGUAUGUUAGGCGAGUAUUGGAACCUCCGGAGCAUUUCUGCUCCUCGAAACCCGAUCUAC